CUGAUUUACCUAUGUUGAGCCAAUUGUGGCCUGGUCAAGUACAUGUGCAAGUAACGAAUUAUGAUUAAGCAAGAUGAGACAUGAAUCAUGUAUAAGGAUACCAAAUAUGAGUGUUGUGGUCUCACGGUCAACUACAUAAUAAUUAGGGCUCCCUAUGCUAUUACUCUAUUAUGAUAUGUAUGAUAGUCACACCUCUCAUGUGGUGGUGACUGAAGAAUUCUUAUGAGAUAUGACCACACCCAGAGCGGUGUCGGGGUAUGACUACACCCAUAGUGGUGUGGGGUAUGUAUGACCACAUCCGACGGGAUGUUGGGGUAUGUAUGACAACAUCCGACGGGAUGUGGGGUAUGUUUCCCGGGAGAGUUAUUAGCAUGGGAGUAGCCAGGCGCCUAUGAUUAAAACAUGAUAAGAUGCAUAUGCAUAAGUCAAAGUGGUUGAGUCUUUUGCUUAUUGGGAUAUGAGGAUGGCUGAGGUCCGAUCCUAGUGUUUUGGCUUGUUUGCUAGAUGUAUGGUAGGGGUAUGCUCUAUUAUGAACUCACGAUGCUAUGAUUAUCUCACUCAGCUAUGAGCUGACCCUCUUUUAUUCUUCUUCUCUGCUUAUGCUAUGUGUAAGCAGAUCAUCAGCAACAGCAAUAGAUAAGUGUUAGGUGGGAGAGGAGCUAGAGUUGAAGCCAGGAUGAGGUAUGGUCUUCAACUAUUCUGUGCUUGGACUACUACUCGGGAUUUUGGCCAGUCAUCCACACCUUUUUGUAAAAAAAUGUUUUGAGAACGUUUUUCAUGUGCAUACUAGCUUCUGAUCUAGUGAGAGAUAUCCACAUGUGUGGAAAGUUGAUGAUAUGUGUAUAUUUGUGUAACUGUGUAAGUUGUGACGAUUAUGGUAUGUAUAAGUAUGGUAUGCAGUUGUGUAGUAUGAAACUGUGACUAUGGCUAUGAAAAGCCAAUGCAUAUGGUUGUGAGUAUAUGUGUUUGUCUAUGAAUGCAUGGAUUCAGAUGAAUUAUUUUGCAGGAUCAUAUGGAAGAACUGUUAGCCCAUUACGCGAGUAAUUCAUGUCGAAAUUUUAUUUAGGUAAAUUUUGAUAAUUAAUGUAACACCCGAGAUUAAUUCCGCUGCAAUUGUAUGAACAAUAUGAUUAGGCAAAACGUAUAGGGUAGGGUGUUACAGUUUGGUAUCAGGGCUCGGUUCCCUCUUUUUGCUGUUAUGGCGUACUGUACCCUAUGGGAGGUUAAACACUCCUAAGGAGGGGAGUACCCCAUAAUGACUUAAACUGGGAAUUGAGUUUUAUAUGAUUAUGUGUAUUGGUAUAUUGGAUUAAAUUACCUGCAUCAUGGUUUUCAAAAUUGAGUUUUGAAUGUAUUUGUUUUCAAGUAAUUAUUUCGGGAAAAUUUUGUUUUAACCAAGUGAGAGAGUGGGUGAAGAAUAAAUUUUGUGUGGAUCAAUCUAAGGCCAAUAUUUCCUUGUAGCUCGCACGGAAGUUGUGAAAAUGUUCCUACUAACCAGUCGAGAGGAGUGGGGGCGGUUGAUGCAAGACCGCCAGUAUUAGACUAUGCAAAGAUGAAGAGUUUGGGUGGUAGGGACUUUAAAGGAGAUGUGAGUCCGGAUGCUGUGGUAGAGUGGUUGAGGGAGAUGGAAGAUGUGUUUGAAUAUCUUUAUGCGACCCUAGAGGAAAAAGUACAAUAUGUUGUUUUUCUCCUAAAGGGGUACGCGAGGAGCUGGUGGUCCUCAGUCUCUAGAGUUAAUGGUGAACGAGUUCAAUUCACCUGGGAGGAGUUCCUGAAGGCCUUUAAGACAGAGUUUCUUCCCGAAGCUUUUAUCAGGGCAAAGAAUAAUGAAUUCGCCAACCUUAAGCAGGAGAACAUGACAGUUACUGAGUACACCAUCAAGUUUGUUCGACUACUCUACUUUGAGGAUGGGUUGGCAGAUACUGAGCAUAAGAAGAAGAUGAGAUACUUGCAUGGUCUGCGCCGAGUGCGAGAGGAGUGGGGCGCCGAGUGCGACAAGGCUUUUGCACUGCUAACAAACCAGCUUUGCUCCCCACAAGUGUUGAGCGCCUCUGUCCCCAGGGAGCGUCUGUACCUCUACCUGGCAGUUUCCGAGCAGGGGAACAACACCCAUAAACAAUCAUUCAAUUCAAACAAAAACUACAUGUUAAAUAGUUAGGGUUUCACAACACCCAAGUGAAAAAGAGUACUACUCCAUGUUAGAAAGGGGAAGAACACAAGAGGAAGAGGUAGAAACCAUCAUGAACAUGUCUCCAAUCUCCUCUAAGCUUGUGUUGAUCUUCUCUUGGGGAGAUCCUUCCCAAUUCACCACUUGGAGCAAACCCUAGCCUUCCUUCUUACUUGGUUCGUCCUUACUCUCUCUAAAAUCUAAAGAAGAAGACACUUUCUCACACUUGGGCUACCCCUGCUCUCUUCCUUUCAGCUCACAUUAUAUACCAGGAUCGGCCGUGAACUCUUCAACACGUCCGUGAACACAGAGUGCGAUGUCGAAACGCAUCGCUUCGCUAUCAGGAGUUCACAGUUUGGCCUCAAUCUUCACGGUCUUGUUGAUCGUGAACUCGUCUAGCGGUAGUAACUGCGGAUUUCUCCCUGGACGCUUCGCAGUUCACGGUUUUGGGCCUCAGUUCACGACCUUAGUGGACCGUGAACUCCAAUGCUAACCCGUGAACUCUGCCUGGAUCACCCUCUUUGCCCGGUCUUCGCCUUUUUUCAUCCAAAUUUCGACUCCGGGGCUAGUUUCACCUAUUGGAUCAUGAAACUCACUAAAACACACAAAACCUAGCGUAAACCCACCCUUUUAGGAGUCCAAAUACUACAAAUGCCUAAGGGAAACAGGAUAAAAUGUGUGCAAAUGGCUGAAAAACAGACUGGAGAGUGGUCAUCGGAGCUUCGUCGAAAGCUCGUCGAAGACUCGCCGUCGGCGACCUUGCCGGAUAAAACUUGCCCCAGAUCUCCCCAAAAUUGCAGCACAUGCCGGUUUUGAUUUGGGGAUAAUGGGUAUGCAAUUGGUUUUGGGUUUUGCUCGCCUGAAAUGGGUGAUAAUUUGAAAAAUUGUCGGAUUUUCGCGAUUUUCCGGCGUGAAGUCGAAUUUUUCCAGUGAGAAUUGGGUCGUGAAGUAAAGAGUCGCCGUUCUCGCCCCUUUUAUAGGCAAAACAAGGCAUUCACGGACGGGUUGGAUUGUUCACGGUCUUAUAGACCGUGAACACUCAAGUCCGUCCGUGAACUGGGGUUGGUCGACAGGUGGUUCACAUGCAAAGGUGCCUGGUUCACGGACACGUUUACUUGUUCACGGUCUUGUAAGACCGUGAACACUCAAGUACGUCCGUGAACUCGAGUGAAAACAGGGAACUUCUGAGAAAAUUUUGAAUCGACCUAUUCCACCGUGCCUCCUAACGAUCACAACACAACCUUAAAUCGCAAAACCUCAAAACUUGGCACGGGCAUACCACUUAACCACUUGAACUUUUCACUUGACAUAAAAACGAAAAUAAGGA